AUGAGACGGAUUUCUUUGAAUAUUAAAGAAGGUGCUAAGGUUUCUGUUUUGAGCUCUAUUGUAGGUGAAAACAUUGCUCAACCACUUUGGAAAAAUUAUGGAAAACCAAACAACUUUCAGCAAUAUGACGAAGAGAGAACAAGUGGUAGUGAAACAGAUAUUUCAAGUAAUACUGAUGAUAGUGAGGAUGAAGAAGUCAUAAUUAUUCAUAAUGUUAAUAACGUUCAAUAA